AUGGAGAAGCCAACUACCUACACAGAGUGGCGGCUCAAAGAGAACCAAGAUGAACCGGUGUGUAAUGCUGACAUUUUCCGACGGAGAUUUCGAAUGAGAAGACAUGUGUUCAUUCGGAUAGUAGACGCUCUCUCAAACGUCUAUCCAUAUUUCCAACAGAGGGUUGAUGCAACUGGAAGACGAGGCUUGUCGCCACUCCAGAAAUGUACCGCUACGAUACGAAUGUUAGCAUAUGGCGUAGGAGCUGAUGAUGUUGAUGAUUAUGUGCGCAUAGGCGAGAGCACUACAAUUGAAUGCUUGGAAAAAUUUGUUGAAGGUGUCAUUUCGGUGUUCGAGAAUGAAUACUUGCGAAAACCCAAACCAAAUGACGUACAACGCCUGCUACAAAUGGCGGAGGGUCGUGGCUUCCUUGACAUGUUGGGUAGCAUUGACUGCAUGCAUUGGCAAUGGAAAAAUUGUCCAAAGGCGUGGAAAGGUAUGUACAUGAGUGGUUAUCGUGGGGUUGCAACUAUAGUACUUGAGGUUGUAGUAUCUUCAGACCUUUGGAUAUGGCAUGCGUUCUUUGGAGUUUCUGGUUCAAAUAACGAUAUCAACGUGUUAGAUCGUUCUCCAGUAUUCGAUGAUAUUCUAAACGAUCGUACUCCGGAGGUAAAUUAUACUAUUAAUGGUAAUAAUUAUACUAUGGGAUACUAUUUAGCAGAUGGUAUUUAUCCUGAAUGGGUCACAUUUGUCAAAUCAAUCUCAAAGCCACAAGGGGAGAAACGCAAGUUAUUUGCACAAUACCAAGAAGGGCAAAGAAAAGAUGUGGAGCAAGCAUUCGGAGUGUUGCAAGAGACAACAUAA